GUAAUGGUAAGUAUUGAAUUGAAGUCUAGUAAGUACCAGUGGGUAAUCUUCAAGCGGUGCUAUCGCGUGUGCGCACCGCUGGCAAGCCUUGGUCUCAAACCAUACCAUUCAUUCACUUUCCAUGGCUGCGCCGUCCACCCCGUCAGCCGAGUAUUUACUACGCUCAGCGACGCAAGGAUUUGAUCACCUCUUUGCAAAUGACAUCGAUGCAGCACAAAAGGCGUUUGAAUCUGAGGACACUCCUUUUCACUUGUUAGGACUUGGUGUUGUCGCAUUCAUGCAGGCAGCCCUCGGUAUGGAGACAGGUCUAAUGGACGAAGCUACUCGCUGCCUUACAGCGUCAGAAGCGGGCGCCAAGAAGCAAGCACGGGCGGCAAAAUCGUUGCCCUCAAACCAUCGAUUCGACGCUGGAAUGGAAUGGGAAGUCAUGCAUGCCGAUGCCGUCGUUCUGCUUGGCUUGACCCAUGCACUGAGUGAGUCAUACCGGGGCUACCUACAGUGUUUGUAUGAGCUCAACAGUGCCCAUUCCAAAUUUAACAAACUUUUCAAGACUGUCUACCCGAAUGGUCUCCAGUCUUACGCAACUCCAGCGACAACCCCUCUGCCAUCGCGUGAAGGCUCUGUUGGAAGCCCGGGAUCUUCAGUAACACAGUUUAAACUACCUACUGCGCCCAAGCCAGGCUUCUUCAGCAGGUGGUUCGCUCCAACGACUUCAGUACCCGCUCCUGGGACAAUCACAAAUCCGCCUAACGGGCCCGUUGAGGAACUCGUAUUGUCUGGAACCGCGUUUGGAUAUGGGUUGUUCAACCUGGUGCUUUCUCUCCUACCUGCAAAGAUUAGAAACGUGGUUGGCUUUUUUGGCUUCAAUCACGACCGCAUGCUAGCUCUACAGGCUCUUGCCGUUGCUGCCGCGGGGAAUGAUAUUCAUUCCGUCUUUGCUGGGUUGGUUCUCAUGACCUACCACGGAGUUGUUCUUCUUCUUGCCGGGUAUCAGGCAGACGAGGCGCAUAUUAUCAAGCAGUACAAGGCAAUAGUGUCAAGAGUAGACGCUCGAUACCCUGAUGGUUCCCUGUGGAUCCUGAAUAAGGCAAAAAUACAGCGCAUGACACACGAUACCGAUGGCGCGAUCAAGACCUUGAGGGACGGCUUGAAGCCUGAGAGGAAAAAGUCAUUCCCCCAGGCCGACACACUGCUCACAUUUGAGUUGGCCUGGACGCUCCUUUCGUGUCGUCGUUACGAAGAAACGGCGAAGCAGUUUUUAGACAUCACCAAACUGAAUAGCUGGAGUCACGCGACAUACUACUUCAUUGCGGCUGGCUGCUACUUUUCUUUGAAAAAUUACGAUAGAGCUCAGGAACUUUUGGACAAAAUUCCCCGCCAACUCGAAAAACGGAAGCUUGCAGGUAGAGAUAUGCCCACAGAAUCCUUCAUUAAGAAAAAGAUGGCUUUCUACAAGAGAAAGCAAGUUCGCCUUGGAGGAGAUGAGCAACGAUUUGUAGAAGCUAUCAGAAUCAGUCCCGCAGAAGAGAUUGCUAUUUUCUGGAAUACUCACGCACGUAUUGAGAGCUCCGUCGCCAUAGCGCAUAUCCAAGAGUGGUCCGCACUGACCCCAGCUAUCACGAAUGUCGAAAGCAAGUAUCUGGUGACGCCAGUUCCAACGCGCGCAAACGACGACCUCGAUACCGUUGACGAGCUUGCAAUACGCUCGCUCCUUCUUGGAAUUGUCCACUGCACCCUCGCCGAGUAUGCGCCUGCGCGCGCAUUCCUCCUCGAUGCAAUCGAGAAAGCCCCUGACGUCGAGAUCAGCUCCUGGGUUGGGGGUAUCUCCGCCUUCGAGCUGGCCGUACUCGAUUUGAAGGAGGCAGAUAUGAAGGCUGCGGACAUGAAGCUGGAUGAAGCGAUGGCGAUGUGGGAGGGCGUGCUCACGGGCGCCAGCGAGAGACUAGACCAAGCAUAUGCGCUGUCCACGAAGCAGACGGACCUGUCAUCGAGGCUUGAUAGCCGAAUUGUUAUGCUUCGGGAUGAGCUUGCUGACAAGCGUGAAUUGCUUGGACUUCCGGCAUGAAACAGUGCCGAAAGGAGGAGUUGUUGGUUUGGCACCUACGGGAGUCGGGACAGGACCACAGGUUGUAACAUACACUGCACCAUUACUUUACAAUAUACAUCUCGCACGUUGCAUCUAGUGACCUCAUGUCCAUCGCUUUGAUUAUUUAUGCAUCGUGACCGUAUGUAGCACAGACGGAUAAGAGUACACAAGUCUACAGGCUCUAAACUAGCCUCCGAAUCCGUCGUCGCGAUCGUUUGACAGACCUCCAUC